AUGUAUCGUAUGCGUGAGCACGUGAUGAAACAGAUGGACAAGGACGGCGACAAUCGAAUUUCGCGUGCGGAAUUUCUUGCGGAUGCGGAAGCACAGGAUGAUAGGUCGGAUCAAGGUUGGGAGGAUAUUGCUGACAGAGAGCAGUACACCAAGGAAGAGCUAGAAAAAUUCGAAAAAGAAUAUGCCAGGCAGCAAGGAUGGGGUGAAUAUGCAUAUUCAACGCCGGCUCCUACGGCAGUACCUCCAUAUCAAGCUGGG